UCCGCCCUCUUCAGGUCCCGGAAGAGGGAAGAAGGUUCUGCAGAGUCUAUUGACAGCUGAAUUUUCCCAACCCAUUGACCAGGCUUAGCCUAAUCGGUCCUACUGAUCUAUCAGCAGCGUAUUCAGAUAUUUGACCAUUAGAGCAGCUCUGGAGGAUCUUCUGGGGUAAAUUUGGAGACUUCUGGUGUUUUUGCUGCAGUUGUGAACUCUUACCGACCGCGGUCUCUCACUGGCAUGGAACAUGGCAACAACUGAGACGCAGCUGAUGUUGAGCGUCGGAUUAAUUGAGAAAGAUGUGAAUGGAGACACGUUGUGGGUGUGGUGUUAUCCUUCCAUCAGUCCUGAACUGAGGCAUCUCCUGCUCAGCAAGUGUUGCCUGACACAGGACAGCCGUGAUUUCCACACCUUGGUGUUUGGCCAGUUCAGCCGCACCUGGUACUACAUCACCACAGUUGAGGUGCAGGAGCCGACAGCACUGAACAAGGUCACCCAUUUUUCAAUAGCUGUCACUGCAAAAGACUUUAACCCUGAGAAAUAUGCUGCUCUUAGCAGAAUACUCUGCAGGAUGUACAUCAAACAUGGCAAUCCAGUGAAGAUGAUGGAGGCUUACAUCACCGUGCUCACUAAGGGGAUCUGUCAGAAUGAUGAAAACGGCUCGUUUCUCAUCAAAGAUUACGAUGUCCGAAAGGCGUACCUGGCGGGUUCAAUCAAAGAUGUUGUGUCUCAGUUCGGCAUGGAGACCAUCAUCUUGUAUACCGCCCUGAUGCUGAAGAAGAGGAUUGUGGUUCAUCAUCCUCGGAUUGAAGCGCUGUUAGAGUUCACCAGAGUUCUGCCAGCUCUGACGUGGCACAGAAAAGACUGGUACAUCCUGCAUCCUUAUGUGCAUCUGACUGAUGCUGAACUGGAGGACUUAAAGAAAUGCCCUGGGUACAUAGCAGGAUUUGUGGAUCCCGAAGUGAGCAACAGAUCGGACUUGUUUGAUGUGUUUGUGAACCUCCCAGAUAGUGUGAUCACAGUGUCCCAGGGUGCCAAAGAGGCUAUGACGAUGGGGAAGUUGCACAAGGACAUUGCUCAAGUCAUCGUCCAGUCUGCAGAGGAUGCUGAGAGAUCCGAUAGUCAAGUCAUUAAGGACAUUUCCAUCAAAACAAAAGAAGUCCUCACCAACUUGUUCGCCCUGGCUGAUGAGUGUGAAGACUCUAAAAUCACACUGGAAGUUUUAAAGCAGCAUCAUUUCCCCCCGGCCACUGAGAACUUCCUCUUUCAUCUGGCAGCUGCAGAGCAACUCUUACGGAUAUAAACUCAAGAUACAAGCAGGAUGGGCAGAGCUGUGCUGGGUAAACCUGGACACUUCUGUCUCCUCAAAGGCUUUUCUUCCUGCACUCAAACCUUAAGGUGAGAAAAGGAAAACAUCUCUAGCAGCAGAUUUUAAUAUUUACAGGAGAGUGAACAUGAGGAGACUCCACAUGGUUGAUAAUUAACAUUUUAUGCUGAGAUGAACACCUUUAAGCCUGGUGGUUUUUUCUCUAUGCACCAGAGAACAAAGGGUCUGUAGUACGAUUUACAGUAAGUGGUCCUGGAAGUGAAUCUGCAGCUCCAGUGAGAAGCUGACAUCCUGCCAUCAUGGACAUGAAUGUCAUUGUCAUUAUUAUCAUUCACUUAAAUCAUUCCAGGGUGGACUGAUUAUGCAUAAUUUAACUUCUUUCCUGGUGCACAGAGGAAUGAAGUACACAGGUUUGAAUUUAUCAUGGAUUUUCUGUAAGAAUUAUACAUAAAUUAUUCUGACAGGCAGUGAACCUGCAACUGGAAGAGGUCUAGCUCUGCUGGUUGAUGCCUGGGGAGCAUUAGGUAAAACAUCUGAAUGAGCCGAUGGGGCGUGCCUGUUGUCAUAUCUGUGCCAACAUUAUUGUGGUCGGUACCCCUGAUGGGAUCCUCUACAUUCUAGCAUCUUGUUCAAACACAUCAGAUCCUCAGUGAUGAGUCCGGCAGGGAGAUGCAUCUAUGCAGCUGAGAAUGAUUCUCAUGUGCAGAGCUCCUAUUAAAAAAUUGAGUUAGUAAACAGAAGCUCUUCUGUUCAUCUAACUGUAACGAAUGUUGUACACGCCUGGUUUUCCCCUCUGAAUCAGUCCAGCGUUUUGUUUUUCACUAACCAGUGUUGGUUAUUUUGUAAAAGAUGCACCGAUCAACCAGAGAUCAACUGGUCACACACUGAACUACCACCAUUUUUGGAUCUAUAUAUGCUUCAACCAACAGCAUGUACAGUAGUGCUCAAAAGUCUACACGCCCCUGUUAAAUUCUGACUUUGUUGAGACCAUGAUAAAUCAUUCCCAAGCUGCUUCUGCUGUUAAUGUGACAUUUAUCCUGUAAAGUUCAGCCAGAAAACAAAUAAAUCUGUUAGGAGGGAAAUCUGGCUCAGUCACCUGGUGAUUGAGCCAGAUUUCUUAAAGUGUGCACCCCCUUAACUAAAACUUUAUUAAACCAUCUUUGAUUCAGUUUCUGCUUUCGGUCUUCUUUGGGAGGAGUCUGUCAGCAGCCCUCAUCUUGACUUGGUAACAUCUGCCCCCUCUGCUUUGCAGAAGUUCUCCAAAUCCAUCCAUUGUGAGGACACCUCUUGUCCACAGCUGUCUUCAGGACAUGGCACAAAUUUGAGUUCAUCCACUAAGACAAAAGCCCCAGAUCCAUCCGAAGACAAGUAACUGCAGAGCAUGAUACUACCCCCACCAUGUUUUACCAUGUGGAUAUGAGUUUCUCUUUUUUUGGUGAUGCUUUGUGCCUUUUCUGGGCCAAAUCAGCCUUUUGAAACUGUGGACUAAAACUUCAGUUCAGUUCAGUUUUUUCAGGCCAUAAAAGAUUCCCUCAUGAGGUUCUGGGAGGCUUUAGCCAGGCCUGGAUGUUUUCUUUAGAAGAUUGUUCUGUCUCACAACCCAACUUCUUAAUGCAGAUGUCUGGAAAACAAAAGGGAGUGCUGACACAUGCAGAACAGAACCAGUACUUGUUGGGAAUGCCUGCAGGUUCUUUGGUGGUAUUGUCAGACUUUUCUGAACCUCCCCGACCCGUUUCCGUACUUUGUUUUAAUCAAUGUAGGGAAAACGUCCAGUUUUUGUUAAUGUGGUCCUCAUUUUUCUCCCAAUUGUUGAUGACCGUCUUCACUAAAGCUGUGGAUUUUUUCAUGCUCUUCUCCUGACAGAUACUUCUUGUACAAUGAGAUCCUGUUGUUUUUUUUAUAACCUCUCUGGAUGAAUACAAAUGUCAGGAAAAGUAGUAAGGCUGAACUUUAUUACAGAUUAAUAAGAUUCACUAUAACUGGUGGCAGGUGUAAAUAAAGGUUUCAAUAGAGUAUAACUCUCAACACUUAUGCAACCAGGUUAUUAAACUUUUUAUUUUUUGUCUUUUUUUAAUCAUACAGAUGUGUUCUUUUGCUGAAGGGAAUAUUGUUACAUUAAUAGACUGAAAAAAGUUUAAUUUGGUCGCAAAAACCUGAAGCUUUAACAGGGGUUUGUACAAUUUGGAGAGCCACUGUACUUUACUGCAGUUCUGUCAGCUCAGUAAAAUCAGACUCAGGUUGGGGACAUGUGUUUUCAUACAUAAAUGGUGAUAAUCUUCAAAUUGUUGGAUUCACAACUACAACCUCUAUCAAAAGGUUUUUCUCUUUUGUGUUUUAAAGAAAUCCUGAAAAAAUCAAAUCAGAACCUCAAAGUAACCAGGUUAUUGGUAUCGGCCUGGAAAAGCCAGAUCGGUGCAUCUUUAGGUGUUACUUCAUGCCUAAAUAAGCUAAUUGAUUUUACAGCUUCGAGCGCCUUACUGAUGUUUAUUUUGCUUUAUCCUUCAGCCAAUUGAUCAUUUUUGUGCUUCAUUCUCUCAAAUAAAGUAAGUUUACACAAUAAUCAUGUAAAAUUUAAGUAAAUGUAUUUUUCAGAUUUAAUAUGAUGUUUGUUAUAAAAAGAAACCCGAUAUAACAACUGAAUAAAGUUAAUAUCAAAAUGA